CUCCCGCGAGUGUGGGCAAAGGCCUGCGUCGGCCGUCCCGUUCACCAGUCUUUUCUUAUGUCCGUCUGUUCUGCUUCAUUUUGUCGUCUUUAGAAGUCAGUCUGUCACAGAUCUCACCACGAAGACAUUUGCACCUUCACAGUCCUACACACCGCUGUGUGCUUCGUUGUCGGGGGAUUGUUGUAUUUGUAAAUCUACAUGCUUCAUUCUCCUCGUCCAUCAUUCUUUCUAUCAACUUAUCCGGCUGGCUGUAGAAUGAUCCCUGCAUUCCCUACUAUUCUCAACAACAGCCUGCGAUAAGAUACCCCAGUACAUCUGACGACAUGGCGACCUCACAAGAUAACGCUUGCGAGCAUGAAACCCCAUCGCCGGUACAAGAAAAGUCCACCGUCUUUUCUGGCGACGAUGCAGAGGUUGAUGCUCCGGUCCUGCUCAAGGACGGCUUCAAGAUGCAUCCUCAACCGACGAGCGAUCCUCUCGACCCAUUGAACUGGUCAUGGGUCAAGAAGCAUUCGAUCCUCGCAAUUGUCAUGUCCCUAUACUUCAUGUUUACCUACAUCACAACAACGACUGUGCCUGCAUUUCCUGAUCUGCAGGAAUACUAUGGCAUCUCCCUGGCUCAGGUCAAUUGGACCGUUGCGAUCCCGGCGCUUGGUCUUGCAGUCGGUCCUCUCAUUUGGUCGUCCUUGGCCGACAUAUAUGGCCGCCGCUUGAUCUUCAUCAUUGGCACAGUCAUGGCUUUUGCCUCGACCAUAGGCGCUGCGAAAGCUCCGACCUACGCCGGAUACAUGGCCGCUCGGUUCUUUCAGGGCCUUGGUGUAGCUCCCGCGUCCACGGUCGGUCUCGCAAUCAUCAACGACAUGUUCUACGAGCAUGAACGUGGCCAGAAAGUUGGUCUCUGGGUGCUGGCUAUCGACAUGGGUCUGCUAGUUGGUCCUUUGAUCGGGGGAUUCAUCUGGCUUGUCGACCAAUUCUGGAUCCAAUGGCUGAGUGCCAUCUUUUUCGGCGUCAUUCUUGCCGCGGAAAUCGCUUUCCUGCCCGAGACUCUGUAUCCGAGGAACCAGAUGCUGCAUAAAAUGCCCUUCACAGACAGUCAUGCCUCAGCCGUCGAUGUCGAGAAGGCCGACCGACGCAAGCAUGCCGCAUCUGAGGUUUCCAUCAAGCGGACCACGCAGCUCCCAUUCAUAAACCUCACACCCGUCCCGGGCAUGCGCCAUCCUCCAAUCUGGGGCGCUCUCACCCGCUUCCUCAUCACCUUCAAGUACGCCGUCGUCCCGCUCGCUCUCGGCAUCUACUCGUUCGCCUGGUAUUGGUGGAUCCUCAGCGUCAUCACUUACAUCCCCGUCGCCUACGCCCAAUACGCGCCCCAGAUCCAGGGCCUCCUCUUCAUCGGCCUGAUUCUCGGCACCCUCCUCUCCGAAAUCCUCUGCUCGGGUACCCUAUCCGACUGGCUCGUUGUCAAGCUCGCAAAGCGGAACGCCGGCGUCAGGACCGCCGAGAUGCGCCUCUGGCUCGCGUACCCGGCCGCCCUGCUCAGCGCCAUCGGCCUCGUUAUCUGGGGCAUCAGCAUCGACCGCGGCUACCACUGGAUCGUCGGGCAGAUCGCCUUCUUCCUCUUCGGCGCAGGCAUCCAGAUGGGCAACACCGUUGUGGCGGCGUAUGUCGUCGACUGCUACCCGCUCCAAUCCAUGGCCAUGGUCACAUUCUACGCCGUCAUCCUCAACCUGUCCGCGUUUGUCAAUCCGUUCUUCAUCGUGCCCUGGGUUGAUGCGGUGGGGUAUACCUGGACGUUUGCGGCGCAGGGUAUUAUCACCUUCUUCGUCAGUGUUCCGGCGCUUGCGGCGUUGCAUUUCUUCGGCGCGCGGAUUCGUGGCGCGUGUGGGCAGCCUGGUUGGGUGAAUCCGGAGUAUGAUGCCUUGUUAUAGCUGCUCGUAUGAGAAGGAUGUUCCUUUGAUCAGGAUAUCCUGGGUUAGCGUUGUCGGGUUUUUUGCAAUGACAUGAUGAUGCUAUGGGUUAGGCUUGGGCUUGGGCUUGGACUUAGCUCGGUUCAUGCGGUGGGGUUUAUGCAGUGUGGUAUGGUAUGAUGUGGUGCGCUGCGUGUCUGACUAUGAUGCUAGUGUGUACGAAUAUACGAAAAGUUUUGCCGUCAGUGGGCACUACACCCAUGUCCUUUGGAUGUACAUGGAUAGAAUUGGUGAUUUAUAUGGUAGAUACAGGCGAAGCACUACAUAGACUGAGUGGAGGGGUUGGUCAAUGAAUACCGUUGGCAGAGAUUAUAAUGACA